AUGGAGCACGAAGCGAGUCCCGCGACGUCCGGCCACGGCAGCGCCCAUCCCGCCUCGAACUCGUACUCGUCCGCGCCCCACCGGCGCUACCAUGGCGGCCAUGACGAUGGCCACACCAAGUACACGUCGCCCCGUCAUAGCAAUGGCCACUACGCCAAGGCCAAGGGCACGGGGUACUAUGGCAGCAACAACAACGUGAACCACCACCACCAAGCGCAAUACCACGCGCCCAUGAACAUGAACGGUGGGCGGUACUAUAACGCGCAUGUCCAGCCGCCGCUUCCGCCAUUGCCGCCGGGCGCGUCGAUGCCACCGCCAUCGCCGUCGCCGUCGAGCGCCUCGACCGAUACGACCGCCGCGGCACGUGGCGGCGGCAUGCCCGCUCAAGCCGCGCCACAGCUACAACAAGGGGCCUCGCGUGUGCAAGUUUUGGGCGAAUGGCCACUGCCAGCGCGGCAACGACUGCUCGUCUUCCACGGCAACCCGGACCAAGCGAUGAUGUACGGCGCGCCGACCGGCAUGAUGAUGCAGAUGCCGCCGCCCCAGUACAUGAUGGACCCGGCCGCUGCCGGCUACUACUACCCCCCUGUGCCCAUCAUGCCCGCGGGCUACCCGCCAGCUGCAGCACCGUACGAACCGCCGCCGACGUCCGAGACGCCGCCGCCCGAAGGCGAGAUGUACGACCCGGCUGGCUACCCCAACGACGCGUACGUUGAGCCGCCAUAUGGCGCGCCGCCGGUGUACCACAACCCGUACGCACCGCCCCCGUACGCUCCGUACGGCCCGCCGCAAGGUGGCUACCCAGACCAACGCGCGUACUACCCGCCGCCACCGCACAAGAUGUACCCGCCGCAACAACACGGCAACUUUUACAACCCGUACUACCCUCGCAUUAACGUCGCGCCGCCGGCAGCCUACCCGACCGCUGAUCCCGUCGACGCUCCGGUUGUCGACACGCACGACGAGGCGCCAUUGUAUGACGCGCCGCCGACCGCAGCACCCGAAGAGAGCCCUGCCCAAGUGAUCGAUCCAGUACCGACGUCGGUGGCGCCCGAGAUGGUGCCGGAAGAUGAGCCGCUUGUCGAGGCGGUGGAGCAUCUCAAGCUCGAGACCACGCCCAAGCCAAAGAAGAAGAAGAAAUCCAAGGCGCGUGCCGAGACCGCGCCAUUGGAGGCAUUGCCGGCCGUGCAACCGCCGCUCUUAGAGAAGGGUCUUCGCAACGAGACGGGCGAGAACAACUGCUUUCUGAACGUCGUCGUGCAGUCGCUCUUCCAUCUGCAGACGUUUCGCGAUGCGUUCGGCGCGAUCACGCGCCACGCCUGCCCUGGCGACGGUCGCUGUGUCUUUUGUGCGCUCGCGACGGUCUUUGAGAUGCUGACGCCAGGCGACAAGAUAGCGACGACGACCUGCCACUCGGACGCACUGCGCGCUGUGCUGAGCACGCUCUCCGCGUCGUCGGCUGCUAACGUGUCGCUGCCGCCGCCGGGCGAAGGGCCCAACCGGUUCUCGCUUGGCUCGAUGGACGACGCGGCCGAGGCCCAUGACGCCGUUCUCUGGCAGCUCCACGAAGCGCUCAAGACAUCGACCAAGACGCAAGAUUGCACGUGCGUGAUCCACCGCGUGUUUGGCUUGCUCGUCGGCGAAGAGGCGCACUGCCCCAAGUGCCACACCAAGAUGACGGCGGCCACAUACGACACGAUGGUCAUGGCGGCGUCGACCGCCCAGUUGCACGACCACAUUGUGCGCAAGAAGGCGCGGACCUUUGACAAGCUCUUGGCGCACGUCGUGGCGAUCGGCGGCGGCACGCGCAAGUGCGCGAACUCGAGGUGCCGCAACACGGAUCUGCUGCCGUCGAGUCUCAAGCUCAAGGCCGUGCCGCAGGUGUUUACGGUCGGCCUCUCGUGGCCCAACGCGCAGCCGAGCUCGGGCUACUUGGGACACAUUGUCUCUAGCAUUGCGCCGACGAUCGACCUGACGCGCGUGUUUCCCAACCUGAUUGCCGACGGUCUGGCGCUGCCCCACGGCGGCGGCAACGACGCGCACCUCAUGGGCGUCUUCUGCUACUUUGGGCACCACUACCUCACGUUCCUCUUCAAGCCGUCGACGCACGAGUGGCUCUCGUUUGACGACACGGUCGUCAAGCGCGUCGGGUCGUCGUGGAGCGAUGUGCAGAAAGUGUGCUUGGAGAACCAUUUGCAGCCCAUGGUCCUCUUCUACGACGUGGCCAAGAAGCCGUUGGUGGCGGACAAGGUGCUGCAGUUUACGAUCGGCGACUUUGUCCUCUCGGUCGCGUCCGAAGUCGACCAAGAGAAUUGGCGCGCGACGGACGGCAGCCCGCCAACGGACAACGACUCGCCUCUGUACACGUAGAAGACGCCCCUAGACACACGCC